GUCAUUUUUAGUUAACUGGAGACAGGAGUUCAUCAUGACACUUCUUCACAUUGUGUUCCAUAGCAUCCUUUCUGCUGCUGUCUGGAGGGUGUCUAUUGAAGAUAAUAUUUUAGUAUAUGGAUAUGAAGGAAGUGGAGCAGAGAUCAGAUGCCCCUAUGACAAUGGAUAUGAGCCCUAUGGGAAGUACCUCUGUACCGAGAACUGUGACUACCCUGAUAUUUUAAUUGAAACUAAAUGGCAAGUUAGCCGUGCUGAGAGAGGCAGAUUCUCUCUGUAUCACGACACAAUGAGUAGAAAGUUUAUUGUGUUUGUCAGCAAGCUUACUUUCACAGAUGCUAGGACAUACUGGUGCGGAGUGAGCAAAAAUGGCAUAGACAUCUAUACAAAAGUCAUACUGCACGUAGUCAAAGACUGGUGCUGUGACAGCCCCACCUUCAUGCAGGCAAAAAGUCAGGAUCCUGUGUCCAUAAGCUGUCCGUAUGAGCCUCAAUAUAACGACAGAGAAAAGUACUUCUGCAGAGGGGCACGACCCUCGGCAUGUUUUCAACAGGCAGUAGUCAAAUCCACACAGGACAAAGCUGGGAGGAUCUCCCUCCAUGACAACCAUGCAGCCAGGGCGUUCACAGUAACAAUCACUGGAUUGGUCAAAGAGGAUUCUGGGUCAUAUAUGUGUGGAAUCCGUAUCAAUCAAGGUGUGGAUGUGUACACUUUGGUUAACCUGGAAGUUAAUGAAACAACAACAACCUUAUCUCCAACAACGACCACAUCUUCCACAUCCUCAUCACCAGGCUCAGCCAUCAGUAACAUCACCCUUCAGACACAAUCACAUGAAAACACUAUUGGCACCUCUGUUUUCUGGUUAAUUGGUUUGGCUGUGAUCUCUGUGAGUGUGGUUGUGUUGGUGUUGGGAUUCAUCAUGAUUUGCAGAUGUAAGAGAAAGAGGAUGCUGGGUUCUGCAGGGCCAAAUAGAGAAACAGGAUUACAAGAGGUGAAGGAAUUUUCUUAACUAUGUCCUAAUAAAAAUAUUAUCUUAACAUAAA